AUGAAGUCAAAGAAAACACAUAUGGCCACAAUCGUAGAAUUUAUCACUCGAAAAUACAAAAUUGGAGACCAUGGAAGUCUCAAUGUGAAGGCACUGCAAGGAUUACAGAAUAAAUACCUAAUUGCAGAAAUCAGGAAAAAACCUCUGCAUUCAAUCCUCUUUAAUUGUUUGGAAGAUACUAGUGUCGAUGUCACGGAGUCCUCCGCGUGUUUAACAUAUGGAAACAUCUCUCCGAGAUCAGAAGCAUCCUUCUGUUUACUACAAGACCGCAAUUUCCUCUUUGGAGCAGGAAAAACGAAUUGCAAACAUUGCAACUCUGCGAAAAAAACUGUUGACCAUUUAGCUACCAGGUGUGGGCGAAUGCUAAACACCGAUUGCUUACGACGGCAUAAUGAAGUAGUGAGAUGUAUUCACUUACAUCUCUGUAGACAGUAUGGAAUAAAAAGGUCAAAAAGAUUGAAGACCCAUUCAGUCCAGUCUAUAGUUGCAAAUGAAGCAGUUGAGAUCAGAGUCGAUACUACUAUAAGUACUGCCACACACGUUCAUAACAACAAGCCCGACAUUUUCGUGUGGGAUAAAAUUAAAAAUACGAUUACACUAAUCGAAAUUGGAAUAACUUCGCAGCAAAUUCUUAAAAAAGUCGAAGUCGAAAAAUCCCACAAGUAUGAUCUCUUAGCAAGUGAAUUGGCUUUAAUCCACAAAGCAAAAGUGAAUAUAGUACCCAUAGUAUUAACGUGGGAUGCCAUUGUCAGUAAAUACUACAAACAAUACCAGAGUGGUCUGAAAAUUGAGUACCCUGUAAGAGCAUACAUCCAAGCUAUCAUCAUGAAGAAGACUCUUGAAAGUAUGUGCAUCGAUUAUAAACAUGGAAUGAUGUCCUAA